GAGACGGCGGUGAGGCUUUAAGAGGACGAGGCGCAGAGAGAGAGAGAGAGAGCGGCUUCAUCAUCGUCUUCAUCAUCUUCUUCACUCUUUUGGAUUAUUGAGGGUCUGACAGACAGGUCGCAUUAUGGGAGGUAAGCUGAGCAAAAAGAAGAAGGGAUAUGACGUCAGUGACCCUAAAGAGAAAAAGGAGGAGAAUGCUGUGGUAGUUACAGCUUCAACAGAGCAGAAAGCUGAAGCGAGCCAGGGUGUAGCUGCAGAGGUAAAAGCAGAACAAGUGGCCCAAAGUGCUGCAGCUCCUCCUGAACCUCCAUCAGAAGCUCCAACUGAGCAGGCUGCAUCACCAGACAAUGAAGAAGCAAAGGGAAAGCCUGUGGAAGCUGCUGUUGCCACUGUGAAAGCGGCUCCACAGAAACUAGCUUCUGCCCCAGAGGAGCUUACACCAGCCUCAGAAAAGACAGCAGUGACUCCAGAGGAACCUACAACUGUCUCAGAGGAAUCUACACCUGCUUUAGAAACACAAGUAGCUGCCCCUGUGGAACCUGCACCUGGCUCAACGAAACAUGAACCUGCCCCAGAAUCGGCAGCUGCUCCAGAGGAACCCACACCUGCCUCAGAUACAACAGCAGUUACGCCAUUGGAAACUGCAUCUGCCUCAAAAAAACCACUAGCUGCCCCUGUGGAAUCUGCUCCUACAUCUGAAGAACCACUAGCUACCCCUGUGGAAUCUGCAUCAGUCUCUGAACAAGCACUAGUUACCCCUGUGGAAUCUGCACCAGUCUCUGAAGAACCACUAACUACUCCUGUGGAACCUGCUCCUACUUCUGAAGAACCAACAAUUGCCCCUGUAAAACCUACACCUGUAUCUGAAGAGCCAGUGGCUGCCCCUGUGGAACCAGAACCAGCCUUAGAAGAAAAAAUAGCUGCUUCCGUGGAAUCUGCACCUGCCUUUGAAGAAGCAAUAGUUGUCCCAGAGCAACCUGCACCUGUCUCAGAAGGAUCAGCACCAAAUGCAUCUGUUGCUGCACCAGUGCAGGCUGUAGAGAAAUCACAAUUUGUACCUGAAGAGGCUGUUGUUGUCCCAGUGGAGGCUGCAACUCCCACGGAUAAGCCAGAGGAGCCACUAUCUCCAGCCGAAGCUGUUCCUGCACCAACACAGUCUGUUGCUGCUCUUGAGGAACCUGCAACUACCCCAGGAGAGACUGUUGCUGCCCUAGUGGAGCCUACAGCUGCACCAGAGGAACCAUUAGCUGUCCAAGAUGAGACUGUUUCUGCCCCAGUAGUGGCCGAAGCUGCAAUCAAUGAGCCAGCAGCUGCGCCAGAAGAACCUUUAGCACCUGUAGAAGCUGAUUGUGCGUCACAGGAGCCUGUCCCAGAGGAACCCACCACACACAAACAAGCUGUUUCACCAGAGGAAUCACCAGCUACACCAGAGGUUGCUUCAGCCCCAGUAGAGGCUGAAUCUGUUUCUGAUGAAUCCCUAACUGCCCCAGUAGAGGCUGUUCCUACCUCACAGGAACAAUUACCUGCACCAGAGGAGAGUAUAGUGGUCGCUGAAGUGCUUGUAAGUGCUCCAGAAGAAUCUACAGAUCCACCACAACAAGUAGCUAUUGAGGAAAUAACUGUUUGCCCAUUAGAGCCUGUAGCUGCUACAGAGCAAGUUGAAAUUACACCGGAAGAGUCUGUAGUUGCCCCAGAGCAGGUUGAAAUUGCACCAGAAGACAUGCCUGUAGCUGCUACAGAGCAAAAUGAAAUUACACCAGAAGAGCCUGUAGCUGCCCCAGAGCAGGUUAAAAUUACACCAGAAGAUGAGCCUGUAGCUGCUACAGAGCAAGUUGAAAUUAUACCAGAAGAGUCUGUAGCCGGCCCAGAGCAGGUUGAAAUUGCACCAGAAGACGAGCCUGUAGCUGCCACAGAGCAGGUUGAAAUUGCAACUCAUGAGCCUGUCAUCACACCUGAAGAACCUGAAUCUGCUCAAGUGGAGCUUGCACCUGAUGAAGUAGUGCAAGAAGCUGUAGAGAAGGUUUUAAAUGCCAUAGAAGUUACACAAGUAUCAGCUGAGAUCACAGAACCUUCAGAGGCUUUGGAAGAAGCAAAAUCAGAGGUUUCUGAAUCUCUUCCUGAGUCUGAACCAGUUGCAGUAAUACCUUCUCCUCCAGAACCAGGAAUUAAAACUGAACCUGUUGCAGAUGGAGAGGAACCCGUUCCUGCGAUUGUCAUUUCAGAAUCCACCUCGGCCAAUGAGAUCGUACCUGCAGAACCAUGCAAGGUUAUAGAGGAGAAGCUGGAAAAUGGAGAAUGUGAAAGUGCUGGAUCAACAGAAGAAUCUUCACCUGUUGUAGCUAAAGAAAAUGGAGUGUGUCAGGAGCAGGUGGUGGUAGAUGAUCCAGUAGAUGGCCCAGUAGCCGAUCUUCAUGGAAAAGAGUGUGUGAAUGGCAUAGUGGCUGAACAGGAACCUAACUGUGAACUGAAAAAGGACUUAAACAUGCCGGAUGACAUUGGAGAUACGGUGGAGUGUCUCAGUGCGGCAGUGAGCCAGGCUGUAGACACGGCAUGAAAAAAAAUCCUUCACAUGUGAAAUUCAUCAUGAAGAAAAACAAUAAAGUCCUCCAACGACACUGACUUCCUGAAAUAUAAACGUCCAGACUGCCUUCACAGUGACUCAGGUGCAGGGAGUUUAUGGUUACAACCACUGAAGAACAUGAGAUGAAGAACAGAGUGAAUUAUAGAGGGGAAAAAAGAGAUGAAGGAUGAAAAAGAAAAGAAGUAGGAAUGUAAUUUGCCAUGUUGUGUUUGGCACCGGUGAGCUUUAACUGCCUGCGCUGGUUAAAUAUAACAACCAGGAAAAAUGUGAACGCUGGUUUAAAAAAAAAGCCACACUGGACAUUGACCACGAAAAAAAAGGGAAAUUUGUGUGUUUGCUUGUGAGUUUUGCUGAAAAUGAAAGUGGUUAUUGGAUUAGCAUUUAAAUAUACAUAAUCAAACGUAGACUUUCACAUAUCCUUUUCUUAUCCACGUAACGAAGUUAUGAAGUUGUUCGUUUUGAGCUUUUAGAGCUGAAACUGUGAGGAAUGUUCAUUUUAACCUUGGCUUAUGUUAGAAAAUAAAACAAACAAAAAUA